AUGAAUUCAAACAGUUCAUCUGUCUUCAACCUAAGCAAACUCGAUGAUUUUAAUAAAUUCGUCAAGGAAAGUGCAUUAAAUGAUAUGAUACAUGCAAAAGUACUAGAAAAACUACCACAAAAUGAAAAGAAUCAAAAUAUACUAAAUGUGGUCAAUGAAGAAGAUUUAGCUGAUAAUUUUUAUGCCACUAAUGAUAAAUCUCCCAAAUUUAAAAAACCAAAUAUGCCAUGGCACAAGAAAAACCCAUCAAUUAUUUCCAAAACUGAUAUUUCUGAAUUAUAUUAUCCUACUUCAUCACCAUCAAUAGAUCAAGCUAAUUUCUUACAACGAAAAUUAAGUGUACGUCAUCUUCAAAUGAUUUCAUUAUCAGGAACAUUGGGUGUUGGACUUUUUUUAAAUUCAGGUAAAGCGAUAACUAUUGCUGGUGGAUUUGGUGCACUUUUAGCUUUUGUUAUAGUUGGUAUUAUUGUAUUGCUUACCAUGAUGUCAUUUUGUGAAAUGGUUACAUUUGUUUCUGUUAUUGAUGGAGUUUCUGGUCUUAGUUCAAGAUUUGUUGAUGAUGCUUUUGGAUUUGCUGCUGGUUGGUUAUAUUUCUUUAGUUUUGCAUUUGGUGUUGCUGGUGAAGUAGUAGCUGGAGUUAUAAUGUUAUCAUAUUUCCCCAAUUUACAAACUACCACAAGCAAAGGUUCAACAAUUGGAUGGGUAACAUUAUUUUUGGGCUCAAUUGUUGCUUCUAAUUUAAUUGAUAUUAGAAUAUAUGGAGAAAUAGAAUAUAUUUCAAGUUUAAUUAAAUUAUUAUGGGCUAUAGUUAUGAUGAUAACAAUGAUUAUUGUAAAUCGUGGAGCUAUUAAAAAUACAGAUGUGCUUGGUUUUAGAUAUUGGACAUAUCUGAAAUCUGACUUUGCAAAUAAUAUAAUUUUUGGAUUAUUUAGACCAUCUUUUAAUUUACAUGAUACUGGUACAUCACCACCGAAUGAAGGUAUAACUGGAGACAAAGGAAGAUUUUUGUCAUUAAUUACUGCUAUUUUAAUUGUAUCUUAUGCUUAUUCAGGCACUGAAAUUGUUUGCAUUGCAGCUUGUGAAGCCAAAAAUCCAAGAAUAGCACUACCAUCAGCUACAAAAAGAGUAUUUUGGAGAAUUGUGAUAUUUUAUUGUCUUUCAAUUUUCCUUGUUAGUUUGAAUGUUUAUGCUGGAGAUCCAAGAUUACUCCGAUAUUAUUCUGGAGAUUCAGCAUUUUCAGAAAGUGAUUUUGCAAACAAUGUUGCAAUUGAAGCAGUUGGUGGUCAACAUUGUAAAUUUGAUUCUACAGUAGUAGCAGGAUAUGGAUCUGGAGCUCAAUCACCUUGGAUUGUUGCACUACAACUGACAAAUUUAUGUAAUUUUAGUUCUGCAGCUAAUGCUUUUUUAAUAUUUUUUGCAGUUAGUUGUGGCAAUGCCCAGUUAUAUGUUAGUUCAAGAACAGUAUAUGCAUUAGCAUUACAAGGUAAAGCACCAAAAUGGUUAACAUAUUGUAAUCGAUUUGGAAUUCCAUAUAAUUCAGUAUUAUUUGCAGGUGCAUUUGGUUUAUUAAGUUAUACAUGUGUUUCAGAAUCAGCAAUAGUUGUAUUUCAAAAUUUGAAUUCUGUAAUUGCAAGUUCUGGUAUAUUUGUUUGGUUUGCUAUGUGUUUAACAUUUGUAAGAUUUUAUUUUGGAUUAAAAAAAAGGCCAGAUAUAUUAUCAAGAGAUGAUAAAUCAUAUCCUUACAAAUCUCCAUUUCAACCAUAUAGUGCAAUUAUAGGAAUGAUUGGUACUGCAAUUAUAAUUCUUUGUAUGGGGUUUGUUGUAUUUUUGAAAAAUGAAUGGAAUACAAUGUUUUUCUUUUCCAGUUAUGGUCCAUUGAUGCUAUUUGCUGCAUUUUAUGCUGGUUAUAGAAUUGUAAAGGGUACAAGUAUUCCAAAUUUAAAUAAAUUAGAUUUUGAUUCUGGUAGAACUGAAAUGGAUAGAUAUAUAUGGGAUGGUGGAAGAGAUUAUAAUAAAAGGAAUUUUAAAGAAGUAUUGACUAAAUGGAUUUCAUUCCUAGCAUAG